AUGACAAAAGCCUUCAGAACCAAUAACCAUACUUCUAGGAAGUUAAAACAAUCCAUCUAUGCUUCGUACGUUGAUUCCAAGCUGGUGCCAACGAAAUACCGCGGUGAUAGCUCCGAACAAACUCAAAAUUUAGACUAUGGCGAUGAGGAGAUUUCCAAUCAAAUUGAGAAGUUUAUCUUGAAUCCUUAUUUUGCACCGUUGAUGGCUCCGGAUCUUAGUGGAGUAGCUCCAGCGUUUGUUGUUACAGCCGAGUUUGAUGUUCUGAGGGAUGAUGGUCUCAUGUAUGCUCAGAGGAUGAAGGACACCGGUGUGGACGUGGUUGUCUACAACUCCCCAGGGUCUAUACAUGGCUUUCUGUUAUGGGGCGGUGCCAUGCCUAAGUAUGCAGACGCUGAUCACACAAUAGACAUGUUUGUAAAGUAUGCAAAGAAACAGUUUAAAUGAUCUGUUACUGUUCCUGUUCUCUCAUGUUUGAUUCAUAAUGUUAUAACUGUGUAAGCUGAUUCUUCAUCUGUAUUUUUGUAAUAAACUUUGUAAACUGGU